UGGUGGCCUACUCCUCCCAGUGUGUGAGCAAACAGUCGGUUAAGCUUCAGUCUAAAGGUAGAGCUUCAGAACAGAACACUGACUCCACUGAACUUAAGGCUGCAUCACCGGUGGACAGGCAGGCUGCAGCAGAGCCGAGUGUAGGGUCAGUAGGAACACCAUGCCCCCAAGGGCUGCAGCAGGAAGAGACUGGAAGAGGGCUGCCAGAGGCAAAGCAGGAGGCCGGGAGAGAGGGAGGGACCCAGAGGGGCAGCAGAAAGCCUCUCAGCUCACAGACCCGAGGAGAGGCACAUGACUCCCCCCUCUUUCACUGGAGCAAGGAACACCACUGACUCUGGAGUGAGAGAAGAAACUCUCCAGACUCAGAAAAGACAACCUCAAGGCUGUUCACAAGAAGACCACAGGACAUAAAAACAGACCUGGGAUCUUACAAUUACUUUAACUAGAUACAUCUUACUCCUGCCAAUGGAUUAACUGAGAGGACUGUUAUCUUUUUGGAUACUAGCACAGGUAUUGACAGAGUUGCUUGCUGUUCUUUUUAAAACGCUGGGCUUUCUGAAAAAGCAAGUUGACGGUGGUAUUUGGAUCAGAGCACAUUAUUAUGCUUAAAAACCAUUGGAUAGAAUGAAAAUUAUGGUGUACUUUUAUGCUGGGGGAUGAGGCUAAAUCUUAACUGGAAAUUACAUAGAUAACAUCAACGGAUGUGUACCCCUGAAAAUAAGGAAACUUAUUUUGUACUCUAUUCUUUGGAAUUAUCUUGUACAAGUGAUUGCUGCUUUCCACAGAAACGUUCCCAUUUUUGUAUUGACACUCCCAUCCUCCAAACCCUACACCACUCCUCCCGAAAGAUGUAUAACAGCACUCUGGAGACUGAUGGCAUCAGUUCUCUGGGCUUGAGCCAAAACAACACGAGCUGCAUUAAGAGUGACGGCUUCAAGUACACUAUGUACACUUCAGUCUUCAGCCUGGUCUUCAUAGUCGGGUUGCUCUUCAACAUGGUCGCAGUCUACAUCUUUGCCUGCACGCUGAAGCUGCGUAACGAGACCACCACCUACAUGAUGAACCUGGUGGUGUCCGACCUGCUCUUCGUCCUCACCCUGCCCUUCAGGAUCUUCUACUUCAUCAACAGAGACUGGCCGUUCGGCAGGGUGCUCUGCCAGCUCUCAGUCUCCCUCUUCUACACCAACAUGUACGGCAGCAUCCUCUUCCUCACCUGCAUCACCGUGGACCGCUUCCUGGCCAUCGUCUACCCAUUCCGAUCACAGGCGCUGCGGACAAAACGGAACGCCAAGCUGGCCUGCUGUGCCGUGUGGGUGUUGGUGCUGUCUGGCAGCCUGCCGACGGGCUUCCUCCUGGACACCACCUCGCUCAGAAACGAAAACUCCAACUCCUCCGUCAACUACUGCUUCGAGAACUUCUCCAACAAGCAGUGGCAGUCCAGUCUGUCCAAGGUGGUGGUGUUUAUUGAGACAGUGGGAUUCCUGAUUCCGUUGUUACUCAACGUCUUCUGCUCGGUCUCGGUCCUCCAAACACUGCGUCAGCCCCAGGCCAUCAGCCGUGGUGGCCAGCUCAACAAGACGAAGAUUCUGAGGAUGAUCGUGGUUCAUCUCCUCAUUUUCUGCUUCUGCUUCAUCCCUUAUAAUGUCAAUCUGGUGUUCUAUGCCCUGGUCCGCACCAAGCUGCUGGAAGGCUGCGCUGUGGAGUCAGUGGUGAGGACCAUCUACCCUAUCGCCCUCUGCAUUGCGGUCACCAACUGCUGUUUUGACCCAGUCAUCUACUACUUUACAUCUGAGACCAUCCAGAACUCCAUCAAACGGAAGUCGAUGGCAGUUCGCAACAAUAAGAUGUCCGUGGGGCUUCAGACAGACACGCUGAAGAGCCACAGCACCAUGCAGAACAACCUGACGACUCUGAGAGAAAAAGUAUUUCACAAUGAAUCCACUGUGUGAUGUCACCACCUUGAUGAGGCAUCAAUAUUUCAGGUGACUCAAUUGUUGGUGCAACACACCCAGAUGAUCUAAACGCAAAAGAUGGGAGAUCGGUGGUCUGGAGUGGAUUCUAUAAGAACCAUAGCAUCACAGGAAGCAAGUGCAGUUGCAUUAAGGGUACCCACUAAGUCCACUGACUCAGCUCUGAGUGUUGUCGUGUUAAGGGCAAUUCCACGGUAUCAGUGACACUAACUAGGUUUCCAUUCAAUUGGCGAAAGAUUUAUGCAAAUAUUCUAAACAUCUGCACAAAUAAAAUGUGAAUUCACCCACCAGUGGUGCGUUUCCGCCAAACAAACUGGUGGAUAGAUAGAUAUUUAUCUCUCUCUGUGUAAUGCCAUACUGCACACAAAAUGUCAUUUCUCUUCAUUUUCAUGUACCGAAUAAAAAUCUAAAAGUUCAAAGUGUUUCCAUCGCAUUUUCAACUCCACCGAUGGCUGUCAAAAACUGUUGUGUUAAAUAGCACGUGUGUCUACUCUGGUCUGGGCACUUGUGCUCCAGCCAACAGCUGACAGAAACAGUGCGGUUAGGCUGUGCGGGUAGGCUAGUCUUGUGAGAUUAUUCUGGAUAAGAGAGAGAAUAUUUUUUGUAAAAACGGCAGUCAAGCAACGGUCAUCAUGUCAACAGAAUAAGAGGCGCGAUAUUUACUGGAAAGAAGCUCAGGGUGCACUUUCACCACACUGAAGUUAAUCAUUUAUUUCAUCUGUAGCCUAAUAAAACUUCAUGGUUUCCCGAGUCGUAGUGGGAGGACCACACAUUAUCGCGACGCCAAGUUUACUUCGACAUGAUGGUUAAUUAUAUCAACAUUUGCGCAUGAAGGCAUUUCCACUGCCAUUUCUCAUAUAAUUCGUUUUACAGACAGACAAAGGAUCACCACAUCGAAUGAACAAAUUAAAAUUGUUACCAAAAAGUUACCAAAAUUCGUAUCUACACGGUUCUUCAAGUAAAUGUGUUUUGUAAAAUGUUCAGUGGUAAUUGUUAAAAGUAGUCCUUGUGCAUAGUUGUAUGGUUUGUUUAACUUGGCAAUCGUUGGUUUUUGUUUGACAAAGAUUUAAAGUGAAAAAUUUGAGUCUCAAUAUCCCUCUGUUACCAUGGAAUUGCCCUUAAGGAUUGCAUCAAUAGCGGUGUUGGCUGUCAGGAUUUUCCUACAUGAUACAGGUCUGGGGGGGAACCCUGGACUGUGGUGCUACAGAUUUACAAAACAAAGUGUGAACAUUUACCCACAACACACUUUGUGACUUGUCAAACAGUGACUCAGGUGUCUAAAUGUGGCUCUAUUGAAAUACUUUAUACCAGGCAGUGGUCAGUAUUUUCCCUGCAACAAUAAGUACAGAAUAUUGUAUAAUAAACUAAAAUAAUGAAAUAGCACUUUAUAGAGCAACACAUUUUACUUGCACCCCCCGUCCCCGCAACAGUGAUUGUGACACCAAUUUAAAAAAUAAUAAUAAUGAAAGCAAACAAGUUCUCAUCUAUUUUGUUGAGUCACCAGAAGUGAACAGUCGGUGGUAAAUAUGUAUGACAUUACCCAGGUUUACCUUUGCACGCCAUAUAUUGAUUUGUGGGUAAUAAAACUGAGUGAGAUAUUUAGGGCAUUUUACAAAGACAUGUGGUUAUCAGUCCUUCAGAUUUAUGACGCCACCUCACUAGCUUAGCGAUAACGUUCUCCCUUGCUCAUAUUAAUCAUACAACUGAACGACUAAAUAGCUAGUGCACACAGAAACCACCUCAAACCAUUGCCAAGCAUGACAAAGAACGUCUGGCUAGCUAAUGACAACUGAGUUAAGAAGGAUUUGUUUGCUGUUGAUACAGUUCAUCAUGCAUGUGUUAAAUCAUUGUUUAAUUAAGUUGAGUGUCACACCAUAACUAAAUCUCGCCUUCGAGACCAUAAAAUUGAGUUCAGGGGGUGAAACAAAAAACAAACAGAGUAAGAAAGUAGAUUUAAGUCUGAUCUAAUGGGUUGCUGGGUGGUUAUUUUAGAACAAAAAAAAUUGAACUAAUAUAUAUUUGAGAAAACCAAAGAGAAUAAGGCUGUGAACACAUUCUGGCCCUGUUCAGCAACAUAGAAUAGCUAGACUCCCACAGCCACGGGCUGCUACCUGAAGAAACAUUUACUUCGACAGCAUCAGCCAUGAGGGAAAUGUGAGACGCAUCUGGCCUCUGUUAUACAGCCAGAGGACAAGAGGUAUGUGAAACCUGUGACACUGACUAACUUUGCCAGUGGUGGGUGGCCAAAAUGUACCAAAGUCAACCAAAGUGAAUACAACAUUGAUUCAACACUCAAUGAUUAUGGAAAAGAAAAACAGCUCAAUGCUGUAUUUUAGGGCAUCAACAUCUUAUUCAUACACUGAACAAAAAUAUAAAAACAAUUUUACUGAAUUACAGUUCAUAUAAGGAAAUCAAAUCAAUAAGACCCUAAUCUGUGGAUUUCGCAUGACUGGGCAGGCGCACAGCCAUGGGUGGGCAUAGGCCCACCCACUUGGGAGCCAGGGACACCCACUGGGGAGCCAGGCCCAGCCAAUCAGAAUUAGUUUUUCACAACAAAGGGGCUUUAUCACCGACAGAAAUACUGGGUGGCUGGUCUCUAGACGAUCCCACAGGUGAAGCCAGAUGUGGAGGUCCCGGGCUGGCAUGGUUUCAUGUAGUCUGCGGUUGUGAGGCCGGUUGGACUUACUUCCAUAUUCCCUAAAACGAAGUUGGAGGCUUCUUAUGGUAGAGCAAUUAAGAUUAAAUUCUCUGGCAACAGCUCUGGUGGACAUUCCUGCAAUCAGCAAGCCAAUUGCAUUCUUCCUCAACUUGAAACAUCUGUGGCAUUGUGUUGUGUGACAAAACUGCACAUUUUAGAGUGAAAUUUUAUUCUCCCCAGCACAAGA